AGCCGAGGAUGGAGCCGCGGCGGGCGGCCGGGUCGCUCGUCCUGCCCGCGGGGUCCGGCUCUCUCUGCUUCAACAAGGACGAGUUUCUGAAGGUAAAGCCGCCGCGGCCUCGACCCCUUGGUCAAGGGACAGCGGAGCCUGGGGUCGGCGGCGGCCCGGGCCUGUCCACCCAUAGCCCGGGUACCGCCUCCUCCCGCCCCUUCUGACCGGACAACAACACGCUGCAACCCGGGCUUUAAUCCCACCAGUGACUCCUCUCCGCCGCCCAGUGCCCAGUGCAACACUCGGUAACCUUUCAAUGGCAUUGAUGGGGUCUCAGUUCGAAGAGAGUCCUUGCCUCGGCUGGAAACACUCGGGGGCAGGCUGCAUUCCUGGAAAGGGAAACAGAAUUAAUGGCUUCCCAGGCUGAAGACACUUCGUCGUCGGUGGGAAAGAGUGGGGGAAGAUGUUUGAAGCUGCAGUGAAGGAUGAUUUUGAUGUGGAUCAUUUUGUGUCUGAAUGUAGAAAACAUGUCCAAUUGGAGACACUUCGGGAUGAUCUGGAACUUUAUUACAAGCUUUUGAAAACUGCUAUGGUGGAACUGAUAAAUAAAGACUAUGCGGAUUUUGUCAAUCUUUCCACCAACCUGGUUGGUAUGGACAAAGCCUUGAAUCAUCUGACAGUACCACUGGGUCAAUUGAGAGAAGAGGUGAUGAGCCUGAAGCUGGCAGUUAGCGAAGGGAUUCAAGCAAUAGAUGACCGUCUGGCAAAAGAAGAGGACAUCAGAAAGAAGAAGAUGUGUGUGUUAAGACUGCUUCAGGUAAUACGAUCAGUUGAGAAAAUUGAAAAGAUCCUUCACUCUCAGUCUUCCAAAGAGGCUUCUCCCUUAGAAACCAGUGGUGCACCCUUAGCUGGUCAGAUGCUGGAAAGGAUUGGCACAGAGUUUAACCAGUUACACUUUCAUGCAGUGCAAAGCAAGGGAAUGCCCCUUUUGGACAAAGUGAGACCUCGAAUAGCUGGGAUCACAGCCAUGCUCCAGCAGUCUCUGGAAGGACUACUAUUGGAAGGUCUGCAGACUGCCAAUGUUGAGAUUGUUCGUCCUUGUCUACGAACCUAUGCCACCAUAGACAAAACAAAGGAUGCAGAAGCACUGAUUGGCCAGGUGCUUGUGAAACCGUAUGUGGAGGAGGUAAUCUGUGAAGAAUUUGUGCAGUCUCGGGCAAAUGGUCUUAAAGAGAUGUAUGGCAAACUGCUGGACUUCAUUCCCAACCAUUGCCGUAUCCUCCAAGUGGUGACUGGAGGAGCAAUAACUGGUGAUAAAAACAAAGUGAUUCCAGGAUACGAUUUUACAGUGAAUUCUGUCUGGCCAGAAAUGGUGCGAGGCUUAGAGGGAAAGUUGCCAUCAUUAUUUAACCCAGGCAAUCCAGACACAUUCCAUGAGAAAUACACAAUUACUAUGGAGUUUAUUAGAAAAUUUGAGUGGCAGUGUGCAUCCCAAGCAAGUGUUAAAAGACUGCGCUCACAUUCGGCGUACCAAAGUUUCCAUGGCAAAUGGAGCCUGUCUGUUUAUUAUCAGAUUCGGUUCAAAGAAAUUGCAGGAAAUUUGGAGGCUUCGUUGUCUGAAGGUUUGAAGGAAGCACCAGAUGGAAGCAAGUUCAGGCUUCAGGUUACUUGCAUUCUAUGGCAGAACCUUAUGAAAUGCUGGGAUGAUCGCAUCUUCCUCGCUCCAUUGGCUCACCGUUUCUGGAAACUGACUCUGCAGUUGCUAGCACGUUACGUUAAGUGGGUGGACGAGUUGCAAACUGCAUCAUCAGACAAGGACCUUGCUCACCAUGGGAUAAAACCUUCACCUGCCAUCAACAACAGCGUGGUGUCCUCUUCAAAUGGAAGUAGUGAGGAAAUGGGAAAUGGGCAAGCUCCUGAUGUGAAAACUGUUCCACCUCUCUCUGUUAGUCAACUUGUGUACCUUGUUGCUGAUUUAGACAAGGUCGAAGAACAGCUUCCUGGCCUUUUAGACCUAAUUAACCCAAGACUAGAGAAUAUUGGAUUUCAGAAUUUCUCUCUCAUUUCAGAAGCACUGGCAGACUCUCAAACUUCAGUGAAAAGCAGUAUACCUGCAUUAAGUGACAAGAUUAUUGAGGAACUGAGUGAAGCCUGUUUCAGUUAUCUUAAAAAUGCCUCAGAAGUCCCCAGGCUCUAUCGGAGGACUAACAAGGAAGUGCCUACCAAGGCUUCCUUGUAUGUUGAGAAUGCCUUGAAACCCCUGUACAACCUUCAGAGUCAAUAUAAAAGCAUUGUGAAAGAAAACAGAAUACAGGAGUGGUUAUCGGGUGCUCUUAGAAUUAGCACAGAAAGGUAUUAUGAAACAGUUUCUGAUGUUCUAAGCUCAGUUAAAAAAAUGGAGGAGAGUCUCAAGCGACUGAAGCAAGCAAGAAAAUCUGCAGCUCCAAGCAACAUGGGAACAAAUAGUGGCAUCAGUGACGAUAACAAAAUCAGGUUACAACUUGCUUUGGAUGUUGAGUACCUGUGGGAUCAAGUCCAGAAACUGGGCUUGCAGAUGUCAUCCUUUACACAGUUUGUGGCUCUGCUGGACGUAGCACAAGCUGCAAAAGCUGUGGCCACGGCGGAGCCUGUCUGACAGACUACGGGAGCCAGGAAGAAAUAACAACUCCACUCUCCAGCCAGACUUUACAACAAACAGUUCUUCACAGCUGCCAUUUACAGUUUACGCCUAUAACUCACACCGUGGGCAUGUGUUGCCAAUUUCGCCCCCUUUCUUCCUGGCGUCUUAGCUGUGAUAAAACAAUCAUGAAGGUGGGACUGCAGCUUGUAAAUCUCUGAAGAAUGUUUGUGCAAUAUUACUAUGGAGUUAUUGAAUGAUAAUUGUACCUUGUACUUAUAAAUAUUUGGAGAACUGGACAACAUGUUGAGGAUGCAGGAUUUCAGUGGCUGCAUCAGGCAAGUGCAAUUUUUAUUUUUACACACUUUAAAUGUGGUUGGAAUUGAAACUUCAAACACGAGAACUGUGAUUAUUUUUCCAAGAGUGGGGAAGAAUGUAAAGUAAAGCAUAAUUCUAAUUUCUGCUACGUCAAUGAUUUACCGACAUAUUUAAAUAAAUUAACAAGGAAUUCUGGA